CUAAUUAUCACUGCUGAAACAAACUGGAAAAACUAUGAAACUCAAUUUCAACAAAUGGAUUAUGAACGCAAAAUGGAGUAUGGACUUUAUUUUAUACAUUUAUUGCAUAUUUAUUAAAAUUACUCAUUGAGUGAGCCAAUCAAAAAAAAAGAGAUGUUUGGUGCUGUCUGCCCUCUUUAUAUUAUGAAUGUCAUAUUUUAUUAAUAUUUCUAUAUCUAAUCUUUUAUGCAGACAUAUGUCUUUGUAUACUACAGUGUGUCAUACUUCUUUAAACUGCAAUUUAUCAUGUUGAGGCAAGUUAUGUCGUUAAUGUGGCCAUCUGCUAUUCGGUCUACAAAUCAUUUUAUCAUUAGAAAUUUAUCGAGCAAUAAUUCAGGAAGAAAAAAACUCAUAAUUUUAGGCACUGGAUGGGGAAGUUAUAGUGUUCUCAAAAAUAUUGACAAAAAGCAAUACGAUGUUGCGGUAGUAAGCCCUAGAAAUCAUUUUCUUUUUACUCCAUUACUGUGUUCAACAACUGUUGGUACAUUGGAAUUUCGAAGCAUCAUUGAACCUGUGAGGAAUAGCCAUUUUCGCCACAGCAAAGAUUAUCACUUCUCCAGUGCAGUGAGUGUUGACUCUAGCAGAAAUGUAUUGCUAUGUAAAAGUGAAGUGGAUGAAUCUAUCAGAUAUGAACUUCAUUAUGAUAAGCUUGUUAUAGGUGUCGGUGCUGUCAGCAACACAUUUGGAGUACCGGGAGUGCUCGAACAUGCGUGUUUUCUUAAAGAAAUUAAAGACGCCCGUGAGAUCCGCAGCAGGAUCAUAAACAACUUUGAGUUGGCAGUGCAACCGAAAUCUACUCAAGAAGAUCAAGAAAGGCUACUUCAUAUUGUAAUAGUUGGUGGUGGACCAACUGGUGUUGAAUUUGGUGCCGAGGUCUAUGAUUUUCUUAAACAAGAUGUAUCGUUUCUAUAUGGUGAUAUGCAAAAAAUAGUUAGAGUGACACUAAUAGAAGCUAACCAUAUACUUGCAUCUUUCGACAAACGUUUACGAGAUUAUGCGGAGAACAAAAUUGCAAAAAGGGAACAAUUUGAACUCCUUCAAGCAACAGUCUCUGAAGUAAAAAAGGAUAGGGUCAUAUUAACAGAUGGGAAGGAAAUACCAUGUGGAUUAGUGGUGUGGUCAACAGGACUUUCACCUAGAAACUUUACAAGAAGGUUACAGUUUCCGAAAAACAAGCAACAUCAAUUAAUAACAAAUGAAUAUCUUAGUGUUCUUGAUACACCAGACGACACAAUAUUUGCACUUGGUGACUGCGCCGAAAUAAAAGACAAGCCUUUGCCUAGCACAGCACAAGUUGCUGAAAGAAAAGGUCAAUGGCUAGCUAAAUACCUCAAUGGUAAAGUAACGGAACCUUUUAAAUUUCAAUAUAUGGGCAUGCUCGCCUACGUUGGGGGAUAUUCUGCACUGAAACUUCCACACGGUGGUGCAGAUAUAAAGUUGAAAGGUUUCCACUCUUGGAUACUAUGGCGCUCGGCCUACUUAACUGGGCUUGGAAGCUGGAAACUUAGAAUGCAAGUGCCUGUUGACUGGAUGAAAACGUUUUUCUUCGGCAGAGACUCGUCUCAGUUUUAACCCUUAUGUUAACGAUUUUCUACCUCUAAGACUCAAGUCAGCAUAAUACCUAUUCCAGUUUCAUACACAAGAUCUGUUAAGUGUGUCUGCCAAUUUUAAAUGAAUUUUAUAUAUCUGUGGUGUUAUAAUUUUUUUUCGUAUUUCCAAUAUUCAUGUUGCAAUAUAUUGGGAGAUGCUCCUUGAUAAUCAGAUUAAUAAACUGUUAAUGUAUAUAGUU